AUGGCUCGCACAAAACAAACUGCUCGUAAAUCAACCGGUGGUAAAGCUCCUCGUAAGCAACUUGCAACUAAAGCAGCACGAAAAAGCGCACCAGCCGCUGGUGGAGUAAAGAAACCUCAUCGUUAUCGACCUGGUACUGUCGCUUUACGUGAAAUCCGCCGAUACCAAAAAUCGACUGAACUACUUAUUCGUAAAUUACCAUUCCAAAGAUUGGUACGAGAAAUUGCUCAAGACUUUAAGACAGAUUUACGAUUCCAAAGUUCGGCUAUUGGAGCUUUACAAGAAGUAACUUAUCUUGUAGCUCUUUUUGAAGACACCAACUUGGCAGCGAUUCACGCUAAACGAGUGACAAUUCAACCUAAAGAUAUCCAACUCGCAAGACGUCUUCCUCCGGAAGUACAUCGUCCUUCAGCUUGCACUCCAUUAUUUUAUAAUGCUUAUACGAUACGUAAUGCUGGAUCAUGUAUACACACUCAUUCCCAAAAUGCUGUGAUGAUUACACUAUUAUACCCCGGUAGUACUUUCGAAAUAACGCAUCAGGAAAUGAUCAAAGGGAUUAAACGUGGUAGUGGAAAAGAGUAUUUCCGUUAUUAUGAUACAUUGGUGGUGCCCAUCGUAGAUAAUACCCCAGAGGAAGAAGAUUUGACUGAUAGAAUGGCUCAAGCGAUGGAACAACAUCCGGAAACAAAUGCUGUCCUUGUUCGACGUCAUGGUGUUUAUGUUUGGGGAGAAUCGUGGACGAAAGCAAAGACAAUGACUGAAUGCUAUGAUUAUUUAUUCGAGAUUGCUAUCAAAAUGAAGAAUGCUGGUCUAGAUCCAGCUGCAAAACCAAAUGAAUAA